ACCAACCAACUUUAUAAAUACCAGUGAGAGAAGAGACGGCUGAUUUUUAGCAAAAGGUUAAGAAAAAGCCAAGCUUCAAACCUACUACUCUGCCAGAAGUUUUAACAGAUGGAGUGGCAAGCCACCGUGUCACCCAAUUUGGAUCCUGGUUUCCCUCAAAAGACUCUUAUGGCUAAUGUUUGAUAACCUUCUGGAGUAGCCAACUACAUAUAGAUAUAUAGAUAUAAAAGACGAUUGGUUUUGACCUGAUUUUUUUCAGCCACCCUUAUAUGUAUGGAUUUUCCUUACCAAGGAUGAUGACUUUAAGUAUAUCCCUGGAGCAUUUGGAUAAUGUGAUAGUUGGGAUGCAGUGAUGUCGAAUCUCUGUCCACCACCAUCUCCAGCUGUUGCCAAGACAGAGAUUGCUCUAAGUGGUGAAUCACCUUUAUUAGCAGCUACCUUUGCUUACUGGGACAAUAUUCUUGGUCCUAGAGUAAGACACAUUUGGGCUCCUAAGACAGAACAGCUACUUCUCAGCGAUGGAGAAAUAACUUUUCUUGCCAACCACACCUUAAAUGGAGAAAUCCUCCGAAAUGCAGAGAGUGGAGCUAUAGAUGUGAAGUUUUUUGUCUUGUCUGAAAAAGGAGUCAUUAUUGUUUCAUUGAUCUUUGAUGGAAACUGGAAUGGAGAUAGGAGCACAUAUGGUCUAUCAAUUAUACUUCCACAGACUGAACUUAGCUUCUACCUCCCACUUCACAGAGUGUGUGUUGAUAGAUUAACACAUAUUAUCAGAAAAGGAAGGAUAUGGAUGCACAAGGAAAGGCAAGAAAAUGUCCAGAAAAUAGUCUUAGAAGGCACAGAAAGAAUGGAAGAUCAGGGUCAGAGUAUUAUUCCUAUGCUUACUGGCGAAGUAAUCCCUGUAAUGGAGCUGCUUUCAUCUAUGAAAUCACACAGUGUUCCUGAAGAAAUAGAUAUAGCUGAUACAGUUCUCAAUGAUGAUGACAUUGGUGACAGUUGUCAUGAAGGCUUCCUUCUCAAUGCCAUUAGCUCACACUUGCAGACCUGCGGCUGUUCUGUUGUAGUAGGUAGCAGUGCAGAAAAAGUAAAUAAGAUAGUAAGAACAUUAUGCCUUUUUCUGACUCCAGCAGAGAGAAAAUGUUCCAGAUUAUGUGAAGCAGAAUCCUCAUUUAAAUAUGAGUCAGGGCUCUUUGUACAAGGCCUGCUAAAGGAUUCAACUGGAAGCUUUGUGCUCCCGUUCCGUCAAGUCAUGUACGCUCCCUAUCCCACCACACACAUAGAUGUGGACGUCAACACUGUCAAGCAGAUGCCACCAUGUCACGAGCACAUUUACAAUCAGCGUAGAUACAUGAGAUCUGAGCUGACAGCAUUCUGGAGGGCCACUUCAGAAGAAGACAUGGCUCAGGAUACGAUCAUCUAUACAGAUGAAAGCUUCACUCCUGAUUUGAAUAUUUUUCAAGAUGUCUUACACAGAGACACUCUGGUAAAAGCCUUCCUGGAUCAGGUUUUUCAUUUGAAGCCUGGUUUAUCUCUGAGGAGUACUUUCCUGGCGCAGUUUCUACUUGUCCUUCACAGAAAAGCCUUGACGCUAAUAAAAUAUAUAGAAGAUGAUACGCAGAAGGGGAAAAAGCCCUUUAAGUCCCUUCGGAACCUGAAGAUAGAUCUUGAUUUAACAGCAGAGGGCGACCUUAACAUAAUAAUGGCUCUAGCUGAGAAAAUUAAACCAGGCCUACACUCAUUUAUCUUUGGAAGACCUUUCUAUACUAGUGUACAAGAACGAGAUGUUCUAAUGACUUUUUAAAUGUGUAACUUGUUAAAUGUAUUUUGUCACCAUCAUGAUUGCUGCUGAAGUAGCUCAGUGGUGUGGGAAACAUCAUUCCCUUGGGUCAUGUCCCAGACUCCUACUUGGCAAUGUAGUUAAAGUUAGUUACACUACAGUUGUUACAGGUCUGUCGGGACUUCCGGUACAUCAUUACAAUGGAUGCAUCUUUUCUUAGGUGUGCUGUCUUGGGGUACAGACUUAUGUUUACAAUUAGAGUAAUGUUCCUGUUAUCUUUUAAAGAUAUAAUAAUAGGAUAUGAACUUGACCACAACUACUGUUUUUGAAACUUAACAGUUUAUGGUUUACAUGUAUCAAAGUGAAAUCUGAGUUAGUUUUCACAGAUAUAAUACUAGGUGAAUUUUCAUCUCUUGGUGUUUCUUGGUAUGUAAGAUUGCUGUAAUACUUUUAUAAUCAGCUGAAAAUUAGAGCAUCUGAAUCAUUUCAGUUCCAUGAAAGGAAGUUAUUUGGAACAUAGGUUAAGUUUUUGAAAGAAUGUAUUGAUCAAGCAGAUGUUUAAUUCAAAUUAAUUACUAGAUCCUACUUUGUAGACGUGGUGGUCCUUAGGGUUCAGUCUGUGUGGUAACGUCACACAGUAUGUGUAGUCCCAAUUAUGGCAAACCAAUCAGGGUAUUUGUGUGUGUGUGUGUGUGUGUAUGUGUGUGUGUGUUGAGCUCUGUCAAAGACAAUAGAGGAAAUUGGGUUUUAUGUUUUAGUAGUUAUGCCAACUAUUUAAAUUAAUUUUUAUUAUUUUUGAGCCAAAUUGAGAUGUGUACCUCCUGUGCCUUUUUUUUUCCUUGGAAAAUAUAAUUACUUGGAAGAAAUUCAAAUUACACUAGUCAGUCAUUUUUAUCUUGUUUUCCUCCUGCAUAGUCUUACCCUGAUUUGGCAAUUGUAACUUCAAGAUUAUGAAAUGUAAUGGAGACUAAACUAGUAAGAUCCUUUUUCAGGAACAGAGAACAAUAACUGGUCCUUUUCCUUCUCAAAUUUCUGCCCUUAUUUUUGAGGUUGUUGCCAUGUCUCUGUCCCUCUGCAUCAUGUGAGGAAAGCAGGAGAAACUUUACUGAUGUGCUAUUUUACUAGGUGCUACUUUGGCAGAACUAAGUGGUCAAUUUCUUUUGUUUCCUUAAUGUGUUUGGACCAUUGUGCUAGCUGUAAAAUAACUGAUUAAUAUAAUUCUGUGCUAGAACAGUUUUGACAUAAUAGUAUACACAAGCAUAAAAAUUAUUUUUAUUUAAAACUGUGGAAGUUACACAAAAGGGAAAAAUACUUAUAAGAAAGGGAUAAAAGUGACAGAGCCCCUCUACCGUUGCUCACCAAAUUGAACCAAAAGCAACAUGUUCUGUUCUGGAACGUCCUAAUUGCCUUUCACAUCACUAAUAAGAAAGGUGUAGACAUCUUGAUUUUUAGACCCAAAUGGAACAAGAUGACUGGUGCUCUGUGGUGCACUCGUGAAAGAAUACCACCUUAUUGUACCCCUUACUCAGUGCUUCUUAUAUAAUUGAUUAUUAAAGAGUGCUGACCAAUUAUUUUCUUUUGCUGGUUUAUUGUAUUGUUAUAUAGAAUGCAAGUUGUACAGUGAAGUAAGUUAUUAAAGCAUGUGUAAACAUUGUUAUAGCUCUUUUCUCCUAGAUGGAGAACUUUGAAUAAACUGUCUUUGAAAUA